GGAAGUGCUUUUAUUUUGUGCCGUCCGCAGCGGAAGCGGAAGUGAUGUGUCUGCUGUGUUGCGGCGAUGAUGGCGGACAGCAGCGAUCAGUAUGAGUCGGUUCUGUGUGUGAAGCCCGAGGUUCAUGUUUACCGAAUCCCGCCCAGAAGCUCCAACCGCGGAUACCGGGCUGCGGACUGGAAGCUGGAGGAGCCCGCGUGGAGCGGACGCAUGAAAAUCACAGCUAAAGGAAAAAUAGCCUUCAUUAAACUGGAGGACAGAAACACAGGCGAGCUGUUCGCUCAGGCUCCGGUGGAUCAGUAUCCAGGGAUCGUGGUGGAGGCCGUCUCUGACUCCAGCAGGUACUUCGUCAUCAGGAUUGAAGAUGGAAACGUUUCUUCAGGGCGUCAUGCAUUCAUCGGCAUCGGUUUCGCCGAUCGCGGCGAUUCGUUUGAUUUCAACGUGGCGUUACAGGAUCAUUUUAAGUGGGUGAAACAGGAAAGUGAAUUAGCCCGACAGGAAGCGGCUCAGGUUUCAGCGCCAAAGCUGGACUUGGGCUUCAAAGAGGGUCAGACCAUCAAGAUCAACAUCGGGAACAUUAAGAAGAAAGACUCCGGCGGCGCAGCAGCAAAGUCUCGUCCGAUGGGCGGCUCUUUGCUUCCUCCUCCACCCGGAGUCAAAUCCUCUGCUCUGGUUCCUCCGCCCGCAGCGCAGCAGACGACACCCGCCACUCCGCCCAGCCCAGGGAUGAUACUGGAGUUCGGAGACCCCGCCCCCGCCGUGGCUCCGCCCUCUCAGGACCUGUGGGGUGAUUUCACGGCUGCAGGCUCCGGGUCCGCUCAGGACUCGCGGUCGGGAUGGGUGCAGUUCUAGCGAACCGACGACACACGGAGGCUGUCUUCUAUGCAAUCACGCGCAGCUGCACGGCUGAUAUCUGCUGCAUUCCAGCUGGUGUCGACUUUCAAACAUGUUUCUCAUUAGUUAUUCGCACACAUGCGAUAAAUGUCGUCAGUAUCGUUAACUUUAAAGCUGAAAUGUGUCAUGAUAAUGACUGUGUCCGAACAGGUUUCCUGAACACUCGCCCCAUUGGUCGGCCUAACGGCUGGCCCCGCCCCAAACUCACCGCAUUGGUCGAGGCAGAAGUUAACA